GACCCACGGCUACUUCGCGCCGGAGCUCCUGGACAGAGAGGACUACGACUGCGCCGUGGACAUGUUCGCGCUCGGCGUCAUCAUGUUCACCGUCGUGGGUGGGUACGAGCCCUUCUACCCGGCCUCCAAGGUGCACGCGCCGCUCGAGUUUGACAAGACCUGCUGGGGCCACGUCAGCAGCGAGUGCGCCUCCUUCGUCUCCGGCCUCCUGAGGACGGACCCGAAGCUGCGCACCACGGCCGAGGCGGCCACGCAGGACUAUUGGAUCCUGAGCGAUGACCUGUCCGAGGUGGACGUUUCCACCCUGCCUCUCGGAGCCCCGAAGCCGAGGAAGAUCGCCUUCCACAACGCCGCCAAGGUCGCGGACGCCCUGCCGCUGGCGCGGAGGAGCCCCGACCACGACCGGUGGCAGGCGUACUAG